AUGUGCAAUUUAAGUAAUUAUUUGUGGAGAAGUGAUGAUGAUAAGCAAGUUUCAAUUAUAGAAAGAACUCCUAUGAAAAGUUCUAAAGUUAAUGAGUCAUUUAUUAUUGAUUGCAGCCCGCCAACAACAGUUCUUCUUAACAAACCAAGUACCACUACCAUAAUUCCAACCAGUGACGAAACUUUGGUAAAUAGAUCUCCAUCAACCAAAAGAAAAGUAGAUGCAAUUAAUGUGAAGGAAUUAUCAAAGAAAGCUGUUAAAGCUAUCAAGACAGAUAAUGAACAAAACGAUUAUACUAUGUCAGAAACUUCAUUACUUUUACAAGAAUUAACAGAUAUUCUUUCAGAUAGAGAAGAAAGAGAUGCUUUAAAAAGAAAAGUUGAGCUAGAAGAAGGUUUUUAUGAGUAUUGUAUGCAAUUUUAUCAAAAGAUUAUUACAGAAAAUAAGAAAAAGAUGGAAUUGUUAGAAAACCAAUUCGGUGAAAUAGAGGCAUUAUCUAUUAAAGUAUCUUCCUAUAUCACUAAAAGACGAGAGAAACUAGAAAUACAAGAUAAAAUAGAACACGCUGCUAUCAAAGAAGAAUUGAAAAAGCUUUUUGCAGAAGAAAAAUAA